GCCUAUAUGCAGUUUGUGGAGGACUACUCUGAACCUCAGCCUUCCAUGUUCUACCAAACCCCCCAGAACGAGCACAUCUACCAGCAGAAGAAUAGGCACCUGAUGGAGGUUUAUGGAUUCAGCGAUUCCUUCAGCAGCACAGGCCAGGAUCUGGCCCCACCUCCAGCUCUCCCACCCAAACAGAGGCAGCUGGAAACCCCAAUGAUGAAGGACGACCACACAAAAGAUUCUGCGUCUCUGAGUGAGACCCCAGGGAAGGAAAAGCACGAGAAUGAAAGACCAACCAAGUCCCAGGAAUCUUUGGAAAACCCUGUGAUGGAGGAGGAAGUGGACGAAUUGUCGCUAGUGAACCACAGCGAAAUCAUCUCCAGGCUGACCUUGAAACAGGAAGGGGAUGAUGGUCCAGACGUACGGGGUGGGUCAGGAGACAUCCUUCUGGUGCACGCGACAGAGACGGCCACUGUGGAGGGGACGGUAAAAGAUCUGGUGCUUUACUGUGAAGCCUUCUUGACAACAUACCGAACGUUUAUUUCCCCAGAAGAGCUUAUAAAAAAACUACAAUACCGCUAUGAGAAGUUCUGCCACUGUCCAGACAACAACAAGAAACGAGUCAGCAAGAAUACGUUUUUCGUCCUGGUGAGAGUGGUGGAUGAACUAUGCUUGGUAGAACUGACCGAAGAGAUCCUGAAGCUGUUGAUGGAGCUUGUCUUCCGCCUGGUGUGCAAUGGAGAACUCAGCCUCGCCCGAGUCUUGCGCAAAAAUAUCCUGGAUAAAGUCGACCAGAGGAAAAUGCUGCGUUACACCAACUCCAUCAAGCCUUUGGCGGCUCGAUGGGUGGCAGCCAGGCCUGGCACCCUCCAUGAUUUUCACAGCCAUGAAAUUUCGGAGCAGCUCACCCUCCUGGACGCGGAGCUGUUUUAUAAGAUUGAGGUAUGAAAAAUGAG